CGCCUCCACCGCGCAGGCGCAGGGGGGCGGCCCAAGAUGGCGGCGCCCAUGGGGCCCACGGAGCUCAGCGGCCCCGCGGAGGAGCCGCCGUCGGGGGAAGCCCCGGCCGCCGCCCUGCACGCGGUGCUGAAGCGCAGCGCCCCGCUCCCCGCUCAGACGCUCCCGGUUCGCGGAUACGACUUCGCGGACGGCCCCGACCCGGGCGCGGUGCUGCGCUCGUUUCUCACCACCGGGUUCCAGGCCACGAACUUCGCGCGCGCCGUCGCCGAGAUCCGCCGCAUGAUCGCUGCCAAGAUGGAGCCGCUGAGCGCUGCUGAGCGCAGCCGGGCUGAGCUGGGGGGCGCCGCGGGGGCGGCUUCGGGCUGCACCAUCUUCCUGGGCUUCACCUCCAACCUCAUCAGCUCCGGGGUGCGGGAGAGCAUCCGCUUCCUCGUGCAGCACCGCAUGGUGGAUGUGGUGGUGACAACAGCGGGCGGUGUGGAGGAGGACCUCAUUAAAUGCCUGGCACCCACCUACGUGGGGGACUUCAGUCUGCGGGGCCGGGAGCUGCGGCAGAACGGCAUCAACCGGAUUGGAAACCUGCUGGUGCCCAAUGAUAACUACUGCAAGUUUGAGGAUUGGCUGAUGCCCAUCUUGGAUCAGAUGGUGGAGGAGCAGGAGACAGAGGGCGUGAGGUGGACGCCAUCACGGAUGAUCGCACGUUUGGGGAAGGAAAUCAACAACCCCGAGUCAGUGUGUUACUGGGCUCAGAAGAACAACAUCCCGGUGCUGAGCCCAGCGCUCACUGACGGCUCUUUGGGGGAUAUGAUCUUCUUCCACUCCUACAAACACCCGGGGUUGGUGCUGGACAUCGUGGAAGACCUAAGGCUCAUCAACACGAGGGCCAUCUUUGCCCGCAAGACAGGGAUGAUCAUCCUGGGGGGGGGACUGGUAAAACACCACAUCGCCAACGCCAACCUGAUGAGGAACGGUGCCGAUUUCUCCGUCUAUGUGAACACAGCUCAGGAGUUUGAUGGGUCUGACUCUGGGGCGCAGCCGGAUGAGGCUGUUUCGUGGGGGAAGAUCCGAAUGGACGCCACGCCAGUGAAGGUCUAUGCUGAUGCUUCGCUGGUUUUUCCGCUGCUGGUGGCGGAGACGUUUGCACAGAGAGCAGCUGACUUCCCAGUGCCCACAGAUGAGGACUGAGCUGUUUGUGUGUGUGUGUGUGUGUGAGGGGAAACAUGCCCCAGGGGGGGCUGAGCCCACAGCUGGGGGGGUCAGAUCCCUCACUCUGGGGAGCUGAGCCUGCCCUGGGGCGAGCAGGGCCCUGGUAUUGUCCCUCCAUCCCCACACCCCAUCCUUCCACCCCUGCACUUCUAUUUAUUUUGGCAUCAAUAAAGCGCUGCAGCGUCUCCA